GCAAUCGGGCAUUAUUGUUCAAUGUCAAUGGUUUGUUUUGGUCAUGCCGUUCUGAUAAGCUGAUAAGGAAUUUAACACCUUAUUUUCUCCAAAACGUCGCCGCAAAAUGUCGAAGUUUACCUGUCUUGUUCCUCUCAGAUCAUUUUUGGUUACCAAGGUUGAUGUCCUUCCAUCAGCAAAACGUGCCUUUUCCUCAACAGCUGUAAGGCGCAGCCAUGACCCGAUGGAGCCAGAAAUUCCUCCAUACCAAGAAAAAGUUGGGGAGGCAAUCAGCACCAAGAAAGCAAGAUUGUUGUACCAGUCCCGAAAAAGAGGAAUGCUCGAGAAUGGUCUGCUAUUAAGCACUUUUGCCGACCGUCAUUUGAAAUCUAUGACCCCUGCUCUAACGGAGCAAUACGAUAGGCUUAUAAACCUGCCCUCCAAUGAUUGGGAUAUUUUCUAUUGGGCAACUAAUGUGAAACCAACCCCAAAAGAAUUUGAUAAUGAGGUGAUGAAAAUGUUUAAGGAGCAUGUUAAGAACACAAACCGAGAAGCUCGUUACUAUCAGCCAGAAGUCAUUACUUUUUAAUAUUUAAGUUCUUGAUGCUAGAACGUGUUACAGGAGUAGCCACAUUCAAUUUCCUCUCGAAUUUUAAUGAAGUCUUGUUUUGAAGUUUCGAUUUUCUCAUGGCACUGUAAAUUAUUUAAUGAAACCUUUUGAAAGUAUACGAUAUUGACGAAUAAUGAACAUGAGAACUCUAAAAUCAUUAUUUUUCAAAUUUUAGGGUAACCUCCCACAUCUUUCUGUGCAUUAAUUUUCGAAGCAUCGGAAUCCAUGAAGAUUUCUUUGAGUUUUCUGCUUACCAAGCAGCACUAUCAUUAUUGUUACCGUAUGUUGGAUGUGUAAUGUUACAUUUUACAGUAUCCUCAGGUUUAAAUGGCAAGAGUUGAGCUUUUAAUGGUUAUGAUUCAAUACUCUAAUUUUUGAUCCAUUAAUUUUAAAACAAGGAUGAUCAGUUUUGAUCUGCAAACAGAAUCUAAUAUUCCAAGUGGGUCUGUAGAAAAAUACCUCUAUGGUUCAUGUAUCGCCAGAUCAAUCGAUUUCCCUCCCACUGCAUGAUGCAUUGUAGAAGGUAAUAUGUGGCAUUGAGUAACCUCAGCUAUAAUAAUUAACAACUAUGCUGUUAGAAAAAAGAAGGAAAAAAAGAGUGAAAGGUACGUUAAGUUUAUUAUAGAGUCCUCACCAUUCUACAAAAUUAUCCGAGGAUUGAUUUGGUUAUUCGAACAUUGUUACAACACAUUCUUAAAAGUAGUGAUUCCUGUAAUACUUGUACCUUCUUAACCCCUCAUUUUGUAUCGUGAUAUUUUGAGAAUGCAAAGAUAUGCGCAAUUAUCAAUUUUAGAUCCACUUUAUCAUGUCAUGUGUGAAAGCUGAGCCAGCUUUUUUCUUGUUAGGUUUAGGCUCUUUGUGAAUGGUAUGGUAUUUUUACUGUCAUUAAUACAGACUCUCUGAUAAGAAGCUUGUCAGAAGCAUGUUAAAAAUAUCCACCUUUUUAAAUUUUUAUUUUCCUAAGUCUUAUCAUUUAAAGUAAACUUGUCACUAAGGUGAAACAGUAUUUUAUUGUUAAAACUUUCUGAAUAAAUUAUAUAGUUUUUGUGCUUUAA